AAUAAUUACGGCCCACCUGGAUCCAACGUGAAAAUUUUCAAAACAUAGGGGCUAAUUCGGGCGCAAGCUUCAUCCGCUACUACGACCACCAGGUAGCUGAAAGUAGCUGACGUUACUAUUUACUUCUCAAAUCGCAGCCAUAAUCAUGGCCCAAAAUUUACCCCUAGAACUCAUCGAGCACAUCGCCGACGAAUGUCUUCCAGAUAUAGAAGCCCUUCGUUCAUCUUCACUCAUAUCUAAAUUAUGGACCAUCCCGGCUCAAAAACGUCUUUUCUCCUGCGUUUCGAUUUUUCCAGAGCUCGUUCGAGCUGUUCCCUCCAUCAUUGACUCUCCCAGCUCGGAAGACUACUCAGGAUACCCAUUACCCCAGUAUAUCCUGCAUGGUAGCAUAGAGAAGCUCAAGAAACACCUGGAAGAUGCGCCGCAUCUCGCAGAUUUCGUACAUGAACUUCACCUCGGAAUGCCCAAGAUGCCGCCCUUCGAGUUAUUCUAUACUAGGGAGAAGAAGGUACCCGACGGUGCGUUUACUGGUGCGAAUGAGAUCAUCAGUCGAUUCAGAAAUCUGGGGAGCAUAUCACUAUCGUUUGCCGAGGAUUACGACUGGGCGAAGCUGGCGUUCAUGCAUCAGUCCCUAUGCCAUGCCGUGGGCUAUUCAAUGCUGCGUUAUCUCAAGAUAGGUCCCGUAACGUUUGCGACACAAUCUCAGUUCAAUAACCUCCUUGACAACUGUGUCUCUCUGGAGGUGUUGAUCAUUGACUACGUCAAAAUCAACGACGCUACAGAUAGCGAGACUGGUCAGAAAACUGUAGAAAAAGCGAGGCCAAGCUUGAAAGAGCUCACCGUGCAUACCGACCCGCAAUCAUUGAGUCAGAUCAUUGAAACGUUCAUUUCACCCUCUUCUCCUGUCGACCUAUCUUCUUUGCUUCGUCUUUCGCUCUGGUGUAAAUUGCCUAAGACACGGGAGUACCACCUCAUCGGGCCAAUUCGUUCACUACUUCAAAAAACGCGAGGUCUGCAACAUCUACAGCUCUUCACGCAUCUCAUCGUCCCACUCUAUGAAUACAUAAAUCCCGCGAAUUUGCAAACAUUCUACAUCUGCGAUCAGUUCGGUCGACAGUCUACCAUGCUCAAUUGGCUCCUGGAGAGCUUUGAAGCCAGGAGUGAUUCAGAAUUUGGGUUGGCACUGACCGAGCUGUCUAUUGAUAUCUUCAGGGCCAGAUCCCUCUCUUCCAACAACGUGCCCACCAACUCUGCAGGGUGACGGUCCGCGGUAAACCGCGUAAUGGCUCCCUCUCUAUGCAGCCCAAGCUACUCCGAUCCGAAGAUCUGAGAGAUGCGCUAGGUAUGCACGCGAGAGAGGAUGUGGAAGUGCGGUUCGUUCAAUACAAGACACGAGAUGAUGUACUGUAUUCCGGUU